GAGGGAUCUGGCCACCAAAGAGAGCAUAAUACAAGAUGAAGACAUUCAGAUCCACACUGAACUCCAUGUUCCUGGUCAUUCUUGUGUGGCAGCUUGGCCUGUUUCUGCAGGUCGAUGCCCAGUAUCCAGAUUCCUGCCUUGAUACUGGCACUAUACGGGCUCCAGAAAAUUCUGACAUAAACGUAACCUGUGGCACCCAGUACAUGGACUUGAGCAUCUACAUUUGUCCUAUCUAUAAUGCUCAAUACAAUGAGUCAAUGAUGGUCCUAAACAAUGAGGUGAAGAACCGUGAAUGUUAUGGAACAGCCGACUGGACUGUUAGUCCACCAGUUUUAAGAUUUAGAUUCCCUAUAAAUGAAAGUUCCCUCUCAGACUGCAACAAUAAAUUUCAGAUAACAAAUGAGGCUGGAACUGGAACAUUUUCAGACAUCUCGAUGGUGCAGGUUGUGAACAUCUCCGGUGCUGUCAUAUCUGUAGAUCCAUCUGCAGGCAUGAUUACCUAUCGUCCACAGAUCCAGUACAUGUUCUCCUGCAAGUACCCAAUGCAGUACCUGCUUAACAACACUCAGCUCAGUGUAUCAGGAGUUAAUGUUGCCAUACGAGAUAAUAACGGUAGCUUCAUCAGCACACUUAGAAUGGAGCUCUACCAGGAUUCCACCUACCAGAACUUGUUAACUAUUCCACAAACAGGACUCAACCUUAAAACCAAGAUUUAUGUUGCAGUAAAAGCCGUCAACCUAACAGAGAAGUUCCACGUGUUGCUGGACAGAUGCUACACCACCACAAGUCCUUAUUCUAUGCAAUCAACAUUUUAUGACCUCUUUGUUGGGUGUGAUCGUGACCCACAGACUGUGAUUGACGAAAAUGGAGUUUCACAGAAAGCCCUCUUCUCCUUUGAAGCCUUCAGAUUUGUGGAGCAUCAAAAUCUCACAGUUUCCACUUUCUUCCUGCACUGCGUCACCCGACUCUGUGAGACAUCCCAGUGCAGCUCCUUACUGCCUGACUGUAGUUCUUCAAACCGCAGAAGAAGAGCAACUGAUGAUGAUGGGCCGCCCGAAGCUACCCUCACCUCUCGCCCCAUAUUUGUUGGCUCAAAGACUACUGAAGAGGAAGGUGGAACCGCCUCAGCUAUUCACGCUUCUUCAGCUCAGGGUGUUGCAUCUGCACUGACACCACUGCUGUUUUCAUUGCUGCUGGCUUUCUGUUUCAUGUGAGAUAAUGAAGACGCCUCAUGGGCUAACAUGAACUAAGAAUCAAGUUCCUUUUAAAAACACAGCACAAAAUCAUCAGCAAAGUGGGAGAUUUUACAUUAGAUCAGGUAGUCAAGAAAUCUAAAUGCAAAUCUUACAUAUAAUCGUAUUAUUUUUUAAGAAGGAAAUCUGGGUUCAGCUGUUGUACAACAACAGAGCAUUGUAAUUAUGUGUUGGUUAUGCUUUUGGUCUCAUGUUUGUGUAUUUA